UCCCCGCCAGCAACGUAUCCGGGACCGCGCUCAGCUCCCGGAGCCCGGCUGCUCUAAGGAUGGAGAAGAGGGCUCGGAGCUCCUCCAGAGAGGCCCAUCGGAGAGGCGGCGGGUCCCCGCACAAGGAGAACAAGAAGCCGAACGCCCAGAAGGGCGGCAGAGGCCGCGGGCGCCGGGAGCAGCCGGCCGUCGGGCGCGCAGAGAGCCCAGCGGAGCCCCGAGCGCCGGCAGCCACCGUGGUGGACGUGGAUGAAGUCCGGGGCUCUGGCGAGGAGGGCACCGAAGUGGUGGCGCUGCUGGAGAGUGAGCGGCCAGAGGAAGGUACCAAACCUUCCAGUUUGGGGGCCUGUGAGUGGCUUCUUGUCCUCACAUCCCUGCUCUUCAUCAUUGUGACGUUCCCUUUUUCCAUCUGGUUCUGCAUAAAGGUUGUACAGGAGUAUGAGAGAGUAAUUAUAUUCCGACUGGGACAUCUGCUUCCUGGAAGAGCCAAAGGCCCUGGCCUUUUCUUCUUUUUGCCCUGCUUGGAUACCUACCACAAGGUUGACCUUCGUCUCCAAACCUUGGAGAUACCCUUUCACGAGGUUGUCACCAAAGAUAUGUUUGUAAUGGAGAUAGAUGCCAUCUGCUACUACCGAAUGGAAAAUGCCUCUCUUCUCCUAAGCAGUCUUGCUCACGUGUCCAAAGCAGUCCAGUUCCUUGUGCAGACCACCAUGAAGCGUCUCCUAGCACAUCGAUCCCUCACUGAAAUUCUCCUGGAAAGGAAGAGCAUUGCUCAGGAUGUAAAGGUUGCCUUGGAUGCAGUGACCUGUAUUUGGGGAAUCAAAGUGGAGAGAACAGAAAUUAAGGACGUGAGGCUGCCGGCCGGGCUGCAGCACUCGCUGGCGGUGGAAGCCGAAGCACAGAGACAGGCCAGAGUGCGGAUGAUUGCUGCGGAGGGGGAAAAGGCUGCAUCCGAAUCCCUGAGGAUGGCAGCCGAGAUUCUAUCAGGCACUCCAGCCGCUGUUCAGCUUCGAUACCUCCACACCCUUCAGUCCUUGUCCACAGAGAAACCUUCCACCGUGGUUUUACCUUUGCCGUUUGACUUGCUAAAUGUCCUGUCUUCUCCAAGCAAUAGAACUCAAGGAAGCAUCCCCUUCCCAAAUCCUUCCAAACAUGUUGAGCCACUGAAUCCUAAAAAGAAAGACUCUCCCAUGUUAUAGGAGAAGGAAAAAAGAUAAUGUGACUGCAAAGAGGGCUGCCAUAUAAUUGCCACAUCCCUGCGCGAGGCCCUCUGUCCUCACUUCCUGCCCUUUCUUUGGUUGCCAUGUGGAAUGUCCUUGGAAUGCACAAAGUCACCAUGCAACAACACACAUGAAAGACAGUGAAAUCAUGUCAUGACAGAGAAGCAACAUGACAUGUGUAGCUGGAUCAUCUAAUCUGAGUAAUUGGGGAAAGAGCCUUAGCCUGCAUUCUACUUUGGAAAGAAUUUUGAGUCUAUAUAUGGCUAAAUUUUGACUUCUGAAGAUGUAGUUCAAAUGUCCUUUUCACCCUCUGGCCCCUCUGGGAAGGUUUCUGCUGCUCCCACAGCCCUUUCCACAUGCCCCUAUCAUGCGCUUAUCAAACACCGUUGUAAUCUUGUAUGUAAGGUGCCGGCUUUCUCCAGCUACACUGCAAACUCAAAGGCACCCCCACCACACUCAAUCCUGUACACUCCACCCCAAGUUAUGUGCACCUACCCUGAAGUACAGUGACACUUAAAUGUUUCAGUGUUUCUGAGUGAAUGAAAGAAAAAGGAGAUGUACUUGGGCUAGACAUAAAAUGUAUACCUAUUAAAGAAUUGAAAAGGAA